AUUUCAGAAUAUGGGGCGCAAAAGAUAAGUUACAAGUGGAGUGAUAUCCAAAUAUCCAAUAGUUGAUGAUAAGGGACCAAAAGCACAUCCAUACAAGUUUCAGCUGUUUAGAACGAGUGAAAUCUAUCAAAAAUAAUGGCAGCCAAGCUACUCUUUAAUCAAUACUGUCUAAAGCUCACAACUUCUAUACCACCAUCACUCCUGAAACACCAACCAGCUCAUAGAACGUUAAGCUUCAGUCUACACCCGACUCGAAACGAUGGAGUUCGAAAAGCUAAGAGGCGUUUUCCGGUAGUGGCAGUUUCUGCAGCAAUGCAGCCACUUGACAUGACAGAGGAGAAUAUCGAAAUGGUCCUGCCUGAUGCUCGGGUCGAGUUGGCUCAACUUUUCGACAGGGAAGUGGGUAUUACAGGUCAAGUUGAACUUGCAGAGCUGGAUGGCCCAUUUGUGAAGAUCAGAUUAAGAGGGAAGUUCUGGCAUAAGAGAAGUACAGUGGUGGCUAGGCUUGAAAAUUAUUUGAAACAAAGGAUUCCUGAGAUUCUGGAGGUUGAUAUCGAAGAUGAGAAGCAGUUGGAUGACAGUCCUGCCAGUUUCUGAUGCAGUAAUUGAGUUUUGUAAAAUUUUUUGAGCAGAUUGUUAAUUAUGGUCUUCUGGUUUAUCUAGAAUUUUGUAUCAGAGAUAUUGCUGCUAAGUUCAGUUGCCAGUACAAUUAAUAGAACAAAUCGAUGUAACAGCAGAUGCAAUACUAAACUAUAUUAAAAAUAUUAGAGUAGCGUAAUUAUGAUUUGAA